CCCGCCUCCCAGCUGAGCGGCUAGGUAAACAAACAGGAGAGGAGAAGAAACGAGCAGCAGACGCUUUGCUGGGUUCUGGCUCAUUUAGGGACACUUUUCUAUUCACAUCUCUUUUUGUAAAAAAAAAAAAAAAAAACAAAAAAUGAUAUCCUGUUUUCUAGAAAAAAUAUUCCUCUGAUACACGGGUACUAACAUUUUCUAACAAGAUUUAAAAACUGAGGGUUGUUAAUAGUAGCUUGCUAGCUCGGAAAGAUUGGACUUUUUGUACCAUCAUUUUUAUUAGAGCUCGUAAGAAAAGCUCUCUAUAGGCCAGUAAGGUGUCUUUUUUCAGCCAGACCCAUUAGAUGCAGUACUGUCUUCCGUAAAUAAAUACAUUUUAAAAAGCGACCGAGCGUUCCUGCCGUUUGCGAAGUUCAACGUUAACGGCAGACAGCCUCAGGGAAGAAUGACCGAUGUCCAGCUAUUAAAUAUCCAGCGGUUAUUGGAGGCAGCGGAGUACAUAGAAAGAAGAGAGAGAGAGUGCGAACAUGGAUAUGCUUCGACCUUCCCUUUAAACCAGAGCACAAACUACCAGAGGCAGAGGAAGUUCCGAAAUAAAAAGUUCAGCAGCAACCACAACAGGUCGACACACAAUGAACUGGAAAAAAACAGACGAGCCCACCUGCGGUUGUGUUUGGAGAGGUUGAAGUCCCUCAUACCUCUGGGACCCGACUGCAGCCGCCACACCACCCUGGGCCUACUCAAUAAAGCCAAAGCACACAUAAAGAAACUUGAAGAAGCCGACAGGAAGAGCCAGUACCAGCUGGAGUCUCUGGAGCGCGAGCAGAGACACCUACAGCGUCAGCUGGAGCUGCUGAGAGGAGGAAGCGCCGCUGCCGUCCAGAGCAGCCCGGGGGAGGGGGAGAGGAUACGCAUGGACAGCGUGGGCUCCACCCUCUGCUCCGACCGCUCGGACUCCGACCAAGAAGAGAUUGAGGUGGACGUAGAGAGCACCGAGUUCUCCCAUGGAGAGCUCGACAGCGUGAGCAUGGCCAGCACCAGCGACCUGGACGACCACAGCAGCCUGCAGAGCAUGGCCAGCGAUGAGGGCUACUCCUCCUGCAGCGUCAAACUUGCCUUCUCCUCCUAAAAGCCGCCGCCAGCACCGACCAGCCCUGCCAAACCCGCCUGUCCUUCUCCUCCACCCCUCUGCCGUCUUCACAGCCCGUCCAGCCGUGGCGUCGCCAACGACGACAGCAUCCCCUCUCCGAGCCUUUUUUCUUUUUUCUUUUUUUCUCUUUUGUUACAUCCGCUCCAUCCCACCAUCACCUGUAACCCCUCCCCCUCUUCCUCCUCCCGAGCAACUGGGUUUAAGUUUGGUUUAAAGGGAGACCAGAGACUUUACACACACAAGUCUUCUGGAUUUUUUAAAAACCCACUACAAGAGAAAAAAAAAAACAAAACAAAACAAAAAAAUCUGUAAUUGAAUUUAAGUGUGAUAUUUCCUUUUGAUUUUUUUAAAAAAAUGCACAAGCCCUGAUUUUACUCCAAAUGCACUUAAAAAUUUUUUAUAACGGAGAACUUGCUCAAGAGUUUUUGGUUCUCCAAUGCGAGGCGUCUGAACCGAAACCUAACGCCGGGGGGGUGGGGGGGAUCUCCGCCUCGACCCUGUGGCCACAAACAUCUUCCCCGUCGUCUCAUUGCUUAUCCACAGCACAGAGGCUCACAUCCUCAAAAUCGGUGCUACCAGGAAAGCAGGUCAGACUCGACGCCACACGGCGAGCGUCUUCUGCGUGUCGACGCGAUCGCAGGAGAAAACGGGCAGAAUUCGCAGAAUGCGUUUUCCAAAGUCGUAACUUUGCGCGAAUGUUUCGUUUUCGCGCCUUUCCCCUCAAACAAGCAGCUACAACAAGCCAUCCAGCACUCGCCUACUUCGUAGCUGUCCGUGUAAAACAAGGCACAAUCCGAGACGAGAUUAAAACACACGCACACCCACACGCACACACACACACACACAAGAAAACAAAAACAAAAGCAGCAGCAACACGGAAAAAAAACUCGUAACAGCUCCGAAGUUUGGAACAGAGGCACAACCUUUUUUCCAGCAGUAAGAAGCAAUAACUCCCGCAGUAAUUUUUUAUUUUUCUGUUUUAAUCCCUUUCCAAUGUCCUUUCUCAGUUCUGUGUGAUUGUCCCAAAUAAACAAAUUAGAGCAAUUUUUUAUUUUUUUUUGUACAUACAAAUAGCUUAAUAAAUCAAACUUUAAAAUAAUAAUUAAAAAAAAAGAGUUUAAAAAGCUCAUGGAUAGAGCUGUUGCUGUUUGACUUCUGUUCAUGGUGCAUUAUAAAUGAAAUUUUAUCUUUUCAACAUUUCUUUGCUGUUUGAAAUAAACUAUUUACUCGGCGCCCCGACAUGGGAGCGACGUUUUAUUGGUGUGAUGGAGAAAACCCAAACAGAGCAGCUCUUUCUCUCUCUCUGUGUGUCCUGUCGGGACUUUCAGUUGGAGGAUGCGGCUGUAGUUUGGCACAGUUAUUGUUAUUAUUAUUAUUUUAUUUUUAAUUUUGUAUUUAUUGGAGGUUUUUUUUUUUUUUUGUUAUUUCUUGUUUGAUAUUCCUCGUGCAUGUGGCAUUCCUCCGGUGGGCCGGGUGUUUCUGAAGGAGAAAAACGGGUCGUAUGAUGUCAAUAAUCUCCAUCCCUAACCUCUCACUGGCUUUACGAAUUGCACUCCAACCACAGUUUCCUUUUUUUUUUUCUGCUCCACCUGCCAUCCAUUCAUUUUUCCCAUCUGAAACGAGAACGGGAAGAACUUCUGCUCGCUUUUGAAUAUUUAUUUCUCAGUCCCUUAAAAGAGCACAAGCAGUGGGGGAUGAAUGGGAGGCGACAAAGUUAACUUAUUUUGGAUUCUGUCUUAUUUUACUCACUAUUAUUCCUCAUUCCUUAUUUUWAGAAAUGUAUAUUUUAUGUUAUUGUUAAGCUUAUCUUUUCUUUUUCGGGGUUGGAGGAUUUUAAGGAAUAAAAAUAAAAAAAAGCGUAGCCAUUUUGUUUGAUUAUUAUUAUUUUUCAGAUGUUUGACUCCAUGGACACUUGAAAUGUACUCGGGAUCCCUAAGCUGCUCCUAGUGCUGAGCCUCGCCUGUUCUGAGUGGCCGGCCUCGUCCAGAACCGUCUCCGUCCUCGAGCAGCCGCUUCAGUCUGGAUUUUCGAUUUUUAAUUAGAAUUAUCACCUUUUUUUUUUCUGCUCCGAGGGUCGAGCUGCUUCUGCACAAGACUCGCUCACAGCCAAGACUUUUACUGGCAAAUACUGAGCCAGCUACUACACAAUAAACAAAAAAAGGGGUUCUAAAAAUCAAAAAACGACGAGAAAGAAAACAAACGCCACUUUCCUCUAUUGCGAGGAUUGUAGUCUCUAUUAGACUUGUGUUUUAGUUGACUAAAUAUGUCUUACACUUACCUCCGUUUGAGGAUUUAAUGGGGAAAAAGAAAAGAAAAAGAAAAAAGACCAUAAUAAGAACAAACCUUUGGUUGCCGAAGGGUGUCACUAAGGUGUGGGCUCCUCCCCUCAGAGCUCUGUGGAGGUUGUUGGACUUGGCACUGAAUCAGAAAGUCACCACUUUAUUGGUGCUUUAUUGUAAAAACAAAAAUGCCAAAAAAAAAAA